CAUGGCGUCCCCCCAAACCCUGCUCCUCUGCCUGCUGGUCCUGGUGGUCACUGAAGGCCAGGGUCAACAGGCAGCCAUCCCAGGCUGCUACUUGCACUCCUUCAAUGUGACGGUGCGAAGUGACCGGCAAGGCACCUGCCAGGGCUCCCAUGUGGCACAGGCCUGUGUGGGCCACUGCGAGUCCAGCGCCUUCCCUUCCCGUUAUUCGGUGCUGGUGGCCAGUGGCUAUCGACAUAACAUCACCUCCGUCUCUCAGUGCUGCACCAUCAGCAGCCUGAGGAAGGUGAGGGGGCCCAGCCCGGUGGUGCUCGUUGCGGGUAGGGGAGACAGAGGAGAUGGGGAUCUAAGAUGGCCUGAGGAAGGGGACUGGAACAGACACCCACCUCUCCCACAGGUGAAGGUGCAGCUGCAUUGUGGGGGGGACCGGAGGGAGGAGCUGGAGAUCUUCACGGCCAGGGCCUGCCAGUGUGACAUGUGUCGCCUCUCGCGCUACUAGCCCAUCCUUCUCCCCCCGCCACCCUCCCCUUGGUCAGAGGGUUUAAUGUUGGAGUAUAUCCUACAUAUCCUGAACCUCAGCAAGGACAACAGCUCCAACCCUGUGAGAAGAGGGGCGUUUCUGCCUCUUCCCCACCUCUGCCUGGCUUCCUAACCAGUCCUUCAUCAUUUCAUCUCCCUCUUUGUCCUAAAUAAA